UGAUCUGACACAUGUGGGCGUGUUAUCACGGAAUGCCGUUGAUAAAGUAUUCCCAGUAGGAGCGUACGUGAUCUAAGUGAAAACAUAUGGAGAUUAUUAUGCAAAAGAUACUACAGAAAAAUGGUCAUCGUCAAAGUUCCGCAUAAUGGCUACGAUACGUGUGGCAAAAUGUAUGUCAAGUCGUUCCUUCUUCUAAUAGUUUUAGCCAUAGUGACUCUUUUGUGGAUAUUUCGAGACUAUUCGAGUGAAAUGGAUCGUUUCAAAGCAGAGAUAAUUUCAAACGAUGUAAAUUUUGAAGCACGGAUAGUGCAGAGUGUUACCGUGGAUCCGUCGUUCGCGACGAAUAGCGAGACGAAGACCAAGACGAUAUUGUAUUGGACGAAAAUGUUCGAAAGUACCAACAUGUACUUCGGAGACGGAGAUAUCUUCGCUUCUUGUCCCGUUCGGGAGUGCUUCGCAACGAAUAACAGGACGGCUUUGCCAAUCGACGAUUUUGACGCGAUAAUAUUUCACGCCAUAGACAUAAAUGUGAAUGACUUACCGCGACGUCGAUCUCCGCACCAGCGCUACGUUUUCCUCGUCUUAGAGAGCCCGAUUUCCCGUCCGAUGCCGAUCAUAUCCAAUUUCGAUAAUUAUUUCAACUGGACCAUGACUUAUCGAAGAGAUUCGACGCUCAUGAGACCGUACGGUAAAGUUGUGUCUCUGGCAACUGGAGAGUACGUUCCACCGCAUAUUCCGACAACCUGGCGAGAUGUUUCCGAAGGAACAAUUAGCGACGAGCUACGGAAAACGAUCGAGGGAAAAACGAAGAUGAUCGCUUGGUUCGUUUCCAAUUGCAACUCUCAGAGCAACAGAGAAUAUCUUGUGGAUGAAUUGAGGCGUCACGUCCCCGUAGAUAUAUAUGGAAAUUGUGGAAGCCUGGAAUGUGGCAGGGACCGGAGCGACGAAUGCUUGAAGAUGAUGGGAAGGACGUAUUAUUUUUAUCUAGCACCUGAAAACUCCCUUUGCCACGAUUACAUCACCGAAAAACCCUUCAACGCCUUGAUGUACGAUGUAGUGCCGAUAGUUUAUGGCAGGGUGAAUUACAAGACCGUAUUACCGCCUGGGUCUUACAUAGACAUAAAGGACUUUACCACGGCUAAACAGUUGGCUGAUUACCUUCGGGCGAUCAGCCAGAACCCGAAACUGUAUAUGGAAUUCUUCAAGUGGAAGUCUUACUUCAAGGUAGUAGUAACGCCGCAAAAUUACACCACUUGUCAUCUUUGUAAAAAAUUACACGAACUCGCGGAAUCACCGACGGUUGCGAAUAACCUUUACGACUGGUGGACGAAUGGUCAGUGCUUGGAAAGGCCCAGUUUUAGAGGCGCUUAUUCCCUCGAAGACCUCCGUAGGAAAAUGAACGAAUGCGACGUUGAAUACAAUUAGUUCCGUCUAUUGGUCACUUCGUUGAUCACGACAGAUUUUAGGUGUCAAAGUGAUAACUGAUACGAUCGUGUAAUGUGAUAGAAACACUGAAAUAGGUGUAAAAAAAUCACCGGCAAUCAAAACGACCGAUCAAAAACUUGGACGAUUUCAGAUUUACUUUCAUCGAUUUUUCUCUGUUUAUAUUUUCUAUUUGAACAAUAAUUUAUUAAUAUUUCUACAUUCAUAAUUCAGCAAUAUUUACAAGUAUAUAUUUACACAAUAUUUACAGUCGCUUCAAAUCGGAUGUUAUAAUAAGUCUAAUAAAAAAUCCCGUCAACCUC